UCUGCCGCAGCGACUCAUCCUAACGAUAAGGUUCACUUAGCCAAGGUGGAGGAUGGGAAAAGAAUGGAGCUGUCCCAGCUACUCAAUGAGAUCAGGGCAAACUAUGAAAAGCUCCUCACGAAAAAUCAGAUAGAGACGGUGCUCUCAACAAGGAUCCAGCUAGAAGAAGAUAUGAGCAAAAAAAUGGACAAGGAUGAAGAAGCUUUAAAAGCAGCUCAAGCAGAACUCAAGGAAGCUCGACGCCAGUGGCACCACCUGCAAGUGGAAAUUGAAUCUCUCCAGGCGGUGGAAAGGGGCCUUGAAAACUCCCUACAUGCCAGUGAGCAACAUUACCAGAUGCAGUUGCAAGACCUAGAAGCCGUGAUCGAAGGACUAGAAAAAGAGCUACAGGAAGUAAGGCGCGGCAUCGAAAAGCAGCUUCAAGAGCAUGAGAUGCUUCUCAACACAAAGAUGAGGCUAGAACAAGAAAUUGCCACUUAUCGCCGCCUCCUAGAAAAGGAAGAAAUCAGAUAUUAUGGUUGUAUCCAAGGGGAGAAAAAAGAACAAAAACCUACGACAAGUAGAGUUGGCUUUGUUUUACCUUCAGCCAUUAUAAAUGAAAUAUCUUUCUCAACAAAACUCCCACAAAAGUAUGAGAACGAAAAAGUGGAAACAGUGACCAAACAAGCAAUACUGAAUGGAAAUGUUGUGAAGGAAAGCACGGAGGCUCGUGGUACAAUUCAGACAGAGAAAGUGGAUGAAGUUAUUAAGGAAUGGGAAGGCUCCUUCUUUAAAGAUAACCCCCGAUUAAGGAAAAAAUCUGUUUCUCUUCGAUUUGACCUUCAUUUAGCAGCCACUGAUGAAGGGUGUUUACAGACUAAGCAGGAUAAUCUACCAGAUAUAGAAGUCAGGCUUAUCAUGAGAAGAUCAUGUAGUAUCCCCUCUAUCAAACCUCCAUCAGGAGCUAAUUAAUCCAAAGACAGUAUUUGACUUGAUUUGAAAAUGACAUUAGGGUGGACCAAGGGUAGGCCAUACUGACUACCUUCCGUCCCAAUUAUUAAGUAUGUAUGUUAUGAUCAAUGUGUGAUUCUCUUCAGAAAACAAACAGUAAGGAACAAAAUUUCUCUGAAUCUAUUUAUGGAUGUAUUCUUUGAAGAGAGGGAGCUUAAAAAUAAAAUCAGAAAUUCAAUAUGAUUUCUAUUUUAUUUACUCCACAUAGUCCUCUUUUUUUCCUUAAAAUGUUAUUGGAGACUGUAAGUGUUAAGCUGGCUUAGUUAGAUCUUUGAAAUUUCACUUAACUGGCCAAAAAUUCUAGGGAAAGGGGACAGUUUGUUUAAGUACAACCAUAUAAUAUUAAGAAUCACACGGACUUAUUCAUCAUUAUUCCAUGACUGAUUAUAUCUAAAAAGAUUUUUCUACUUACAAAAGAAAACAAUUAUAAACAAACUUUUA